CUACCAGUCUUUUUGUUCUUUGGAAUUUGGAAAUGUCGAGUCGCAUACUUCCUCCUACAAAUAGGGUUCUCCAAAUAGCAAGACAUGUUCUCUUCCUAAGAUAGCUCUAAGUUAGAAAGCUACUAAACUCAAUAGUUGUUGAGCUAGCUCCCGAGUGAGAGAGAAAUGGAAAACAAAGCAUAUAGAGGCCAUGUCUUAGUUUUACCAUAUCCAAGCCAAGGCCACAUAAAUCCAUUGCUCCAAUUCUCUAAACGUUUGGUCUCCAAAGGGCUUAAAGCUACACUAGCCACAACCCUUUUCAUCCACAACACCAUGCAACCCCAAUCAUCAAGCUCUCUCCAAUUUGACACAAUAUCAGAUGGCUAUGAUGAAGGUGGGUUCGCCCAAGCAGAGAGUAUCCAUGCAUAUCUCAAUCAUAUGGAAACUAUAGGCUCAAAAACACUGGCUGACCUUAUUAUAAAGAACAAAAACACAGCAAACCCAAUUGAUUGCAUAAUAUAUGACCCUUUUUUGCCUUGGGCUUUGGAAGUAGCUAAAAAGUUUGGUAUAUUUGGAGCUGCUUUCUUCACUCAAACUUGUGCCGUGAAUUUUAUAUACUAUCAUGUGCAUCAUGGACUAUUGAAGCUACCAAUUACUUCCACACCCAUCUCAAUUCCUGGUCUACCUGUGCUUGAGCUUGAAGAUAUGCCAUCUUACAUCAGUGUGCCUGGAUCGUACCCAGCUUACUUUGAGAUGGUGCUCAAUCAAUUUUCUAGCUCAGAUAAAGCCGAUGCAGUUCUUGUCAACACUUUCUACGAGCUAGAGCCUGAGGCGGUGGACUCCAUGUCAAAAGUAUGUCAAUUACUGCCAAUUGGACCAACAAUUCCAUCUUUCUAUUUAGACAAAUGUCUAGAAAAUGACAAUGAUUAUGGGCUUAACCUUUUCGUAUCAGACUCAUUUGUUUGCAAUAAUUGGCUCAACACUAAGCCAGAAGGAUCUGUUAUUUACUUGUCCUUUGGUAGCAUGGCUAGUUUAAGCAACAAGCAAAUGGAGGAAUUGGCAUUUGCUUUAAAAGGAAGUAAAUUCCAUUUCUUGUGGGUUGUCCAGGCUUCUGAGGAAGCAAAGCUCCCUGAAAAGUUUGUGGAAGAGAUAGGAAAUAAAGGGUUGAUAGUGCAAUGGUGCUCCCAACUAGAAGUGCUAUCAAAUAAGGCAAUUGGGUGCUUUUUAACACAUUGUGGUUGGAAUUCAACCUUGGAGGCAUUGAGCUUGGGAGUGCCGAUGGUGGGGGUGCCACAAUGGACUGAUCAAACUACAAAUGCUAAGUAUUUUCGGGAUGUGUGGAAGGUGGGAGUGAGGGCUAAGGUUUGUGAGAAUGGCAUUGUUGAAAGAGAAGAGAUUGAGUUUUGCAUUAAGGAAGUAAUGGAGGGUGAGAGAGGGAAAGAUUUCCAAAAGAAUGCUAAGAAAUGGAGGGAUUUGGCUAUAAAGGCUAUUAGUAAGGGUGGCAGUUCAGACAAGAAUAUUGAUGAAUUUGUCUCCAAAUUCAUAAACUCCUAAUUUAAAAGCUAUUUUUUUUUAGAUGUAAUAAUUUUAACUCAUGAUGCAGUUUGAGAAUGUAAUCACUUUUUUUUUCUCUAAUUGUCUUGUCGCGAAGAGUGAUGCCAUUGUUUUUAAAUAUUCACUAUGGUCAAUGAAAAAAAUUCUAAGUUUGUGAUUGGUUGUGAAA